AUGAGCGCCGCCGAGACGUCCAUCUGCGUUUCCGUGCUCUGCGUAUACAUCCUCAGAGCCACGCCGCCAUCUCGCGUCUUCGAUCGUUUGGGUAAGGAGCGAAUCAGUAGAAUUAAAUGGAUCCGUGUUUUGAACUCAUCUCUCUACGUGGUGAUACUUUUUCUUUUUUUUUUUCUUUGUCAUAAAUCUCGAUCAAUUCGUUGAUCGACAUUUUGUUCUUCAAGUCGUUCACAGUCGUUCCUCGUGUGGUUCGAUUAGACGAAGAAAGUUCAGGAGAUUCUUCGAUGAGACCAAUCUUGCAACUCUCUUUGGUACCAUUUCACUUUCGCUGAUUUCUUCUGACUUCUGCCAACAGCUGCCCACGUUGCAAUUCACGUUUCUGGUGUUCUCUAAUUUGUUUAAUCGAGCGUAAUUUAUUUUUUCUAGUUUGUAUGAUUUUUCGCCGAGUGACGAGGAAUCAUCCGACGAUUGCCAACGAGGCAAAGUUCCCUAAUCAUGGGCUGAUUCUUGAUUCUUCGACUUUUCAGUUUGUGCUCGACGGGCCAAUAGUUCUAGAAUUGUCCCGUAAUUUUUCCAAGUCCGAAAGAUUAAUCUAAAAUUUUAAACAUCAAGUCCUCGUGUUUGAGAGUGUUAAAAAAGUUCAAAAGAGAAGAGUCUCGUCUUCUUUCUCUAAAUUCACAGAACCACGAGUGUGAAUCGUGUCUCGUUCAAGUUUACCGCGCCGUGCCGCGAACAACUCGAACAACCGUUCUGAUUAGGGGUUUGCAACUUGAAAGCAGUUAUGAGUCACAAUAAUACGCUGCGACGGUGGUAUACGGUAUCUCGUGGAACCACGUUUGUCGUGAGUCAGAGACAAUUUUCUCCAACCUCCCUCUAGGUACAUGUAAUUCCCCCCCCCCCUCUCUCUCCCUCGUAUAUCACGUUGCUUGCUCUACUUGUUGUUUCCUUCAAUUUAGCACCGUGUACAUUUUUCCCCUGCACUGCCUCCUGAAUCGUAAACUUUGUAACAAAUAUAUUUUAUAUAAGCUUCUUUGGAAGGCUCUUUUUCUCACGAAUGAAAAUAACAUUCUGUGAAAAAGGGAACGCGUCAAGGCGUGGCGUCACCGCGGAAAAUGGGACUGGCGACAUUUUCCUAGCACGCAACGCAACACCGGCACCACUGUGUGUGUGUGUGUGUGUGUGUGUGUGUGUGUGUGUGUGUGUGUGUCCCGAAAAAGAGUCGCAAACCGCAGACAAUUUUUUUUUUCUUUCCACCCCCGUGACUGCUCUUUGUUCCCGCGCUACCGGCUUGCGUUCUCUCUGUUUGCGCGCAUUUUUCUGUGUCAAUUUGCGCCACUUUUUACCCUCUCUUCUCGCCCUCGUCUGCUUCUGCUUCGAGAUACGCUAGAAGUUACCGCAAUGUGUUUCAACAAACGUUUUUGCGUUACGCGAGACACGUCGUAUCAUCAUAAAUUUUAGAUUAUACCGGGUAUUUUUCGCUCAACAUACAUAUAUAACAGCUGAGCGAAAAAUACCCGGUAUAAUCUAAAAUUUAUGUAUAUAUAUAUAUAUAUAUAUAUAUUCGGAAGAAACGCGAGAAGAGUCGUUCCUCUUCUUCAAGCAAGGAAGUAGAUGUUUCGUACGACGCGAUCUUAUCUAGUCGAAAUUGGCCGAUUGAAGAAGCGACACGACGAUGUUAAGCGGAUAUACGAGAGAGUGUGUGUAAAAAUCGGCGCCGAUUUCCCCUCACUUAUAAGAUGCAGUCGCGUUAUCCUCGUUAUCGCGGAAUUAUCGUGCAAUUACCCGACGAUACGAGAGCCGAUUAGAGAACCUACUCUUGGAUUCCAGCCAUCCUUUUGUUCCUUUCAUCUCACGCGCAAACGUCGUCGAAAGUCGUUAACGAUCUAACGAGCGAUUCUGUGUCUCGAUUUUUGCCCGCAGCUCACGCCAAGGAGCCUUCCCUGGAGAUCAUGCCAAACGGGGAGACGCAGACCAGGCCGAUCGGCUCCAGCAUCAUCUUGACGUGCAAGCCGAACGUCGACGACACGAAGCUGAUCAAGGACAUGCAGUGGAUCGAUCCUCAGGAUCGCGUGAUCGAGUCGCUCAACACGCCGGGCCAUUCGAAGCCGCCGAUGUACACCGAAUUGCUCCAGGAUAACAGCUUGUCUUUGUUCUUCAACUCUCUGCAAGAACAACAGGCUGGCAAAUACACGUGCAAGGCUACGUACGCGAAUUCGAUUCAGCUGCAGAAGUCCGUGACGAUCGACACCAUAGUUGCGAUCACUUGGGACAAUGCACCGCCCAAUCAAUACCCUAUUCUCGGAGAAGACUACGCCAUUCAGUGCAAAGUGCGGGCGAGGCCCUCGCCCUCGGUCGACUGGCUGUACAACGGCGAAUUAAUUAAGACGAACGACCACUACAUUAUAGACACGUAUGCCCUGAAGAUCAAGAACGUUCAAGAAUCCGACGACGGUAUUUACACUUGUCGUGCUUACGUGCUGACUACAGGAGAAUUGAAAGAACGACCUAUUCGGGUCGAGGUUCACAUACGGCCGACGGUGGAGGAGCUCUCGAGCCCGGUGGACGUGAUCGAGGGUGAAGACGCGAGCAUACAGUGCAAUGCCCGUGGUAAACCGCCGCCGAAAUUCACGUGGGUGAAGUCGCUGACGCAUCAGAAUCUGUCGAACGCCGAUCGCUUCGGCGUGGAGCCGGACACCGGCGUGCUGACGAUCACGAACGUGAACCGCGAGGACGCCGGCGAGUACCAGUGCACGGCGACCAACUUGGCCGGCCAGGCGAACACGAACAUCCGCGUGAACGUGAUCGUGAAGCCGAAGAUCAUGGAGUUCUUGAACAGCACGGUGGUGCAGGACAGAGAGGCUAGCCUGGUGUGCAAGGCGUUUGGCAGGCCGCCGCCGCAGGUCACCUUCAGGAAGCUGACCAACGAUCAGCCGUACGUGAAGGGAGCGCAAUUGGACGACGAUCGGAUCAUCCUGACCAACAGCGCCGACGACAUAACCGGCGAGACGGUGGGCCGAUUGACGAUCAGCGACUCUCUGCGAUCGAACGACGGCCUGUACGAGUGCAUCGCGGAGAACGCGGGUGGCGAGGCGCGUCGGAACGGUCAUCUGACGGUCGAGUUCCCGCCGUCGUUCGCCUCGAUGCCGAACACCAGCGUCUGGUCGUGGGAGCAGAAGCCCGUGAACAUCAGCUGCAUAGCCGAGAGCAUACCGAACGCCACCAUCCGCUGGACCGUGCACGGCGACCAGAGGAUCGACAAUGACAACAUGAUCAAGCAGCUGGGCAACGGCCCGCUAUCCACCCUGAUGAUCGUGCCGCUGGACAAGCGGUACUACACCACUUACAAGUGCAUCGCCUCGAACACGCACGGCACGCGCGAGCGGAAUAUCGAGCUGAGGGAAGCCACGAAGCCGGGGGAGGUGCUGCAGGCGAAGAUGGCUGAGAUCACCGCCACCACCAUUAGAUUCGACCUGGUGCCGCCUAGCACCAACCCCGAGCUCCCCGUGAGAACCAUCACCGUCCAGUACAAGGAGGAAGGCCAGACCUGGAUGCAAGCGAGGAACAAGACGUGGACCAUCGACUCGUUCUACGUGCUGGAAGGUCUGAAGCCGCAGACAUCUUACGAGUUUCGAUUCGCGGCGAGAAACGAGGUCGGCCUUGGCAACUGGGGAGCGUAUCACCGGGAGAUCACGCCUGUGAGGACGUUCCCGAACGAGCCGAAGAUACUAACGCCGACCGGCGAGUACGAUCUGUCCAGGUUCAAUAACCAAUACGAGCUGUCUUGGCUGGCGCCGGCCGAUAACGGCGAGCCGAUCGAUAUGUAUCGAGUCAAAUACUGUCAAAUAAAACGCGUGUCCGGCGACUGGCAGCUGCUGGACGACACCUGUCGCACAGAGGACGUGAAGACUCAAGGAAGGCUGAGGCACUGGCUCAAGAAUUUGUACUCCGACACGUUCUACAAAGUGGAAUUGAUGGCGCACAACGCGAUUGGUUUCAGUAAGCCAGGCUCCGCGAAAUUUAAAACAGCCAGG